AUGACGCCCUUAAUCUGGAAAAAGGAGGAUGAUAUUGAGCUACUUGCAUGGAUUGAUUUUUGCAAGCUGCAGAACGUAGAAGCCGAGGAAGACACCCUCGACUACACGAUUGAGCACUCCCGCUUCACCAGUCGCGAUGCAGUGAAGGAACAUCUAAGCGAGCUAUGGGAAAGAUACGGCGAUCAGAGUGAGGACUCGGUUCUAACAAUGUCCCUCGUCGAUAUGAUGAGUAAAGGGUCUGCUUGCAUGACCAAGCUUCCAGUCGAGAUGCGCAAGAGCAUUAGAACGAAAGCUGACAGCAAUUCCAGCGAUUCACUGAUGCUGCUCAUGAUUUCUAACAUGGGAGAUCGUAGAACGCAGAAGAAAGCCACGAAGAAUCCGACGGACCUCCCUUCAACGGAAGAAAAUGAGAGGGGUUUAAAACGUAGCAAGAAGACCGAGAAAGCAGACGAGGAUCUCCCACCUUCCAAAAAGUCUCGCUUGAGCAAAGACAAAAUAUCUGCAAAAACGGUUGAAGCCGAUAUUGUGAAUGGUGAUGUAAAAUCCCAAUUGCCAUCCCAAAAAUCGGCGACCACUUCAACCGAAGCUGCAGUUUCCAUUGGCGGAGAGCUCACAAGAGACAAAUCUCAAGCACUCCAGUAUGAGCUGCUAGGCCAAACGGCAAAUGAAGAUAGCUGGACAAAGCGUCUGAGGUCAUUGGAGAAUAAACAUAACCAAGAGAUAGUUCGACUGCAAGAGCUCUGGCAAGCAGAGUCCGAGAAGCUCAGCGCAAUGGAAGCCGAGGCCCAAGGGACGAUCAGAGAUUUGAGGGCACAAUUGAAACACCUGAAUGAGGCACGAAGGGCUCGUCGAGAGGAGGAACAAAGAGCUUUAGAAAGCAAUGCCUAUGCUUCAUUAGAAACCCGACAAUUUGAAGACCUGGAGGAAAUUUAUCGAUUGACCAAAGAAAAUAGAGAAAUGCACAAGUUCUCUGAUUUUGCCAAUUUGGAUUUACCAGGAAGCCUAAACAUAGGACACGACACGAUCGACGAUGCAAUAGAUCAAAUACAAUUCGAACUCUCCUCCAUCUCUUGUCAUCACAUCAAUACUUCGCAACUUGAUCCAAAGAUAUUUUCGAUACCAAGCGACUUGCGUAACCUUAUAAAUUCAGCUUUCAAUAGUGACAUCGAAACCGCCACUGGGAGAAAUGAAGUCGAGAUCACCAGAAAGAAAUUCGGUGCUCAUGUCUGCAUCAGAGCUCUUGUGUUGGCUGCGCUGAGAGAUUGGGUUUUUAUGUCAAGGUUUCCUAAUUUCGCCCCUUCAAACCCUCGCAUUCUAUCGAGUUAUAGGCACAUUAUCUCCAGUUUAGGCGGGGAAAGCCAGCUUUUUAGCUUGGACAUAGCAGCUCAUCGCGCUCUUAUCGAGGGAAAAUGGCUCAAAGAGGAAUCGAUACCCAAAAGAGCCACAGAUCUAGCGGCCAGGUUCUCUAAUGCAGUCGCCCCCUUGUUCGCAAUCACACCAUACAAUGCAGAAGAUGGAUCGUUCCACACUUGGGGGGAGCAUUCAGAAUGUUGGAAAGACAGGCGAGCACAUCUGCAAGAAAUUUUCCAGACUGCAUUAACCUUGAAAGCUGAUUCUGUUGUAACAAAGUCCAGGUAUGGAUUUGAAAUCUAUCCCCUAGGGACAACAUUUGUGGGGCAUGGUACAGAUGUGAAAGAAACAAGCGGGCUUAAAAGUGGCAGUAAUUGGAUGCAUGCAUCAUUUCACAUCUACGACGCUGUGAUCAUUGGCAAUGGCAAACAGGGCACGUUAGUGCAAACAGAGAAUUUCGUUAAGGUGUCCGAAGGUAGGACUAGUGCGAAGUACAGCAAGAAUUUGCUCUUCCCCAAGAGAUCGCCUGAAGUAGUUUCCAGUCGUAUCACGGAGACUCUGAUUCCCAAACGUAAAAGUAUGGGCCAAUCAAAAGUUAUCAUAGCGCCUGAAGCCCCUCUAGCACCAACGGUUUCCGAAAUUAAUGCUGAAAGUUUGAAAGUGCAAAAAUCCGCCGAAGUAGAAGAUGCAGAAUAUGACCAUAGUGAAGGCCCACCUCUUCCAAGAUGCGAAGAAUGUGGCCAAGAGUUUCCGGAAGUAGCUCUACUUCGUAGGCACGAAAAGAACAAGUGCCCAGAGUGUGGUAGAAGAUUCGCCCGCGUCGCUGCUCUACAAAAUCACCAAAAAGCCGAGCAUAGCGAAUACCGGGCGUCCAGACCUGAGGGACUGCCCAUCGAACCGACACGAGUACACCCUGAGCCGGGAACCUUAGUGAGACAGAAAAAAAAUGGUUGCCACAAAAAGGUUGCACCUGCUGAAGCUGGAGAUGCUAGCCCAAAUUGUAGAGGAAACCAACUCAUCAAGGCGCCGCGAGAAGUUUCGGCGGUUGCGCCAAAGACCAGACCGGCACAAGUAUGUCACCAUGACCCCAUACAGAAAAUCACCGAAGGUGAAAUCGUUAACGCUAAGCCAAAAUGUGAUCUUUGCGGUAACCUGUUCUCGUGCAAGGAGAAUCUACAGCGCCAUAUUAGACAAAAUACCUGUUCACUCGAAUGUCCAGAGUGCAAGAAGAAUUUCGCAAGCCUCGAGGAAAGACGUUACCAACAGCGCAGGGAGCACAAGUCGGUAGAAAAAAAACCAAAAGAUCUAACAAUACCUGAACCACAAACUCCGCCGACCCCUCUCCACAAAAAAGAGAAAACGCAGAAUUCAAACCAGACAAGAACUCCGUCCUCGAAUAACGUUCAAAACAACGAUAGAGAUGGUAAGCCUCGCUACAAGAAAACGCCACGCAAAGAGACUGAGGAUUCAGACGCAGACGAAAUGCUUUCUCCUUCGGAAAUGGUGAAAACAAAACGUGCCCAAAGGAGAAGAUCUACUAGAUCUUUAGAUGGACGAGCGGAAGUGAGGAUGAUUGAUAGCCAGGAAACACCAGUUCGACCGCGUAGAAAGCGAAGUAAGACUCCAGCAACAGAAGAAUGA